CUGCGACUUGUGUUUCACGACGCGGGCACCUUCAGCUUUCCCCCGGGGAACGGGGGGCUGAACGCCUCCAUACAGUACGAACUGGACCGCCCUGAAAAUGCGGGGCUGAAGAGGGGGUGGAGGAUCAUAGAGCAGGUGCGUGUGUGUAUGUUUGUGUGUGGUGUUGCGACGGAUGCGGACCUGGUGGCUCUAGCUGGGGCUUAUGCGGUGCGGCUGUGUGGGGGCCCGGACAUCGCUCUGGCGCUGGGCAGGCCGGUGGCGGCGGCGGCCUCCCCCGACCCCCCGGACCGCAUGCCCGGAGAGAACUUCACCGCGGAGCAGCUCAAGGCCAACUUCGCGGCCAAGGGGCUGAGCGUGCAGGAGAUGGUGGCGCUGUCGGGUGCCCACACGCUAGGCAGCAAGGGCUUUGGGGACCCCACCCGCUUCGACAACGAGUACUACCGGGCCCUGCUUCGCCGCCCCUGGACCAAUCCCAACGACUCGAUGGCCUCCAUGAUCGGCCUGCCCUCGGAUCAUGUACUGCCGGAUGACCCGGAGUGCCUGCCGUAUAUCGAGCGUUACGCGGAGGACCAGGACGCUUUCUUUGCGGACUUCGCGGCGGCGUACGUCAAGUUGACGAGCUUGGGGGUCCCGGGGUGGGCGGUGUGA